CUGAUUGGGCACAAACGAAGUGGUGUGUGUGUGCGCGUUUUUUUCGGGGUUUUUAACGUACCGAGAAUUUUGAAUCUGUGCUGAGUGCUGAGUUUGUGAUCAACCGCAACCAAACGACCGUAUAGUGACUUCGUAGUAGUAAGGCAGAUAUUGUGGUGCGAUUGUUUGUGCUAAGUUUCGAGUUCGAGUUCCGAGCAGUUUUCUUCACAAUGUGUUCCCGCAAUCUAGCAAUUUCGUUGGCAUUGAUUAUCGCACUGGUACCACUGUCAACUGUCGCCUUACCUCACCACAGCAUCGUGAAGCGGAGCUCUUUUUUUGACAUAGAAUGUAAAGGACAGUUCAACAAACAGAUCUUCUACCGGUUGGACCGAAUAUGUGAAGACUGCUACUCGCUGUUCCGGGAGCCACAGAUACUCUCCUACUGCAAGGAGGGCUGCUUCGGAACGGACUACUUCUUGGCAUGCGUUGAAGCACUGUUUCUCGAGGAGGAGAAGGAAAAGUUCAUGAAAUGGCGCGAAAUGUUGGGCAAGAAGAAGUAAGCGAACAGGUGGCCGCGGAUGGAUUGACGCCGAUAAUGCAGUUCAAAGUGUGACACUUUUUGCUUCUUGUUUUUUGGGAGAACAACAACAACGAAAAAAAGGAAAAAACAAACAAACAAACAAACGCUUUCUCUCUUACCACAUCGCUCCUGACCUCCCGGGGGCCCGGGGACCAUAUGCUCUCUACAUGCUGCGCAACACAUGUGUUCCGUUUUUUGUUCGUUAGUUGUUUUGUUCUACAAAAUCGGAAACGGAACUAAGCGGAAUUGUGCAGCGUGCGUGCAAGCGUGGUCGGAAUGCUGCCGGAUGCUUUCGUUUUCUACGCGGCGGCAGUGCUGGAACGUUAUUUAUGCUUAAGUACUUUUGCGCCUUGUAAAAUAUUUCAACCGCUCGAUGUAAACCCUAUGCACCCAAUCAUUUGCCAUCUCUGGCAAGGUAUUUUUGUUUUAUAAACCGCGUUAGGAAAGCUUUCCCUGUUUUUUUGUUACUGGGAGUUCUUUAUCUUUGUACAUAAUUAUUUUCACGUAUAAACGAAGGUAUAAACACAAAACAAACCGUGCUAGUUAGAAAGCGCUAGAGAGCUGGGAUGUAAUGCCGUACACUGUGAAUUAGGGCCAUUAGCGUAUAGAUAGUUGAACAGUUUUGUGAGAGAAGCUUGAAGCAGGACGCGGGCAAGCAGCAGGUGAAAGGAGCUUUGUGCGGUGGUUUGCGAUAUAGGUGAGCCCUUGCCCAUGCGCGGGUUUUAGAAGGUACGAAUCGGAAGAGAGGGGAAAACACACAAGGUAUUUAUUUUAAUCCUUAAUCAGCGAGGAAUAAGCAAGCAUAAUAUAAUGUUACUUUUUCAAUCUACGAACAGAUGCAAAACACUGCAAAAGAACGAAAGAUGAAACCUCCUUAAUUUUAUGUAAGUCGCCUAACGUGGAGCAGAUUAACUUAUUUAGUUAUCAGUUGCAAGUGCUAAGACAUUAGAAACAGGAGAUGGGGGAGAAUGGGGGGGUGGAACCCGGAGCGAAACACGGAACGAACAGGAAACGUUUGGAACGAUUGCUGUGAGUGUACAACUAGUGAAAGUGUAACAAAAAAAAGAAGAUAAGAAAAGUAAACAACAACAAACAAAAAAAGGCCCCCCCGCCAUACACUAGAACA